AUGGCUAUCGCCAUUGAAGUUAAGGAGGGAAUAAAACAUUCCGACCUCUACAGGGAGUUGGAAUUCGUCAAUGUAUUACCGAGGAUAAAGCAGAAGAAGGAGUCCUUCCUCAAGCGAUUGCAAGCGCAGGCCGAGGCAAGAAAAUCAGCACAAAGCAGCGAUCAAAAACCGUUCUACCACAUCCCAAAAUGGAUCCAGAUGUCAAAACAGGUGUACAGCACACAAGCCCAGGUGUUCCAGGCGUCAAUGCGGCUGAUGGUGAUCUGCGGACAGUGUGUGGGCCUGCUGCCGUUUGUGGGAGUCCUUGAGAAGGACGUGGAUAAAAUCAGGUACAACAGACGCAGCUUCAGAUAUGUCUACAGCUGCGGUAUGUGCUUGGCGCAGUCUGCCGCGCUGGCGCUCUCUCUGUACCAGCUGCUACGGAACUCCAUAUCUGUUAACAAGAUUGUGGAGCACGGGCUGUCUAUAAUAUCGACGAUAUCCGACAUAUCGGACUGCUACCCGCCCGAUCAUGACCACUACAGAUUGUUUGUGGAGCAAUCCUUCCCCUGGUUGUUCAAGCUUGGAGUCACCUAUAAUAUACUACUAGGAAUUAUAUUGCCGGCACUAAAUGUACUGUCAACAAUAAUUUGGAGCUUCUCACACCUGUUUAUCAUCUGCAUCAGUUACUUUCUAUCAUCUAUCCUGGAACAAAUCAACAAAAAAAUAAAAGCUAACGAAGGCCAAUAUCUGCCGUCCACCUACUGGCGCGACCUUCGAGAGCAGUACAGCGGUGCCACGCGAUUGGUCCGUGCGUUUGAUGACGUCAUCAACAAUAUCGUCUUCGCCUCCUUCGCCAGCAACCUCUUCUUCGUCUGCUUGAGGCUGUAUCACAUACUGGCAUUCGGGAUCGGAUUGGAUAAAAACGAGGCGACAGUAGUGAUCAGUGAAUACUGUCCAUUCUAUCCUACCGGAAUAUUCGGCGGACACGAAACCCUGGUAUACCUGUUGUUCUCCCUGGCGUUUGUGGUGCUGCGCUUUUUGGCAGUGUCGCUAGUGGCAGCGCGGGUCCAUGCUGCAUCACUGGUGCCCGCGCACAGCCUGUACCAUGUGCCGUCGGCGGCGUACUGCACUGAGGUGGAGCGGUUUAUCGAGCAAGUUCACGGCGACAUGGUCGCUCUCAGCGGUCUCAACUUCUUCUACGUCACUAAAGAACUUGUUCUAUCCGUAGCCGGUACGAUAGUGACAUACGAAUUGGUGUUGUUACAGUUCAACGGGUAGUUAAAAUAAGUUUAAUUACUAGAUUACAUCAACACUCGCUCUGUCAAGUAAAUUGAGUUCAAAUA